GUGCACGACGGGUAAACGGCCGGCGGCCCCGCCAUUUUGUGCCGGGAAAGGCGGGAAGGCAGCGAGAGCACCCACCGCCGGUUCAUUUCUCCCCUUCCCCCUUUCCCCGCCCCUUUCCCUUCCCCGGUUCCCCCUCGACGGUUCCAGCCGGGCACGGCAGGCUCUGACCGGCCGGUAUGGCCCGUACCAAGCAGACGGCUCGGAAAUCCACCGGCGGGAAGGCGCCGAGGAAGCAGCUGGCCACCAAGGCCGCCAGGAAGAGCGCGCCUUCCACAGGGGGCGUCAAGAAGCCCCAUCGCUACAGGCCCGGCACGGUGGCCCUCCGGGAGAUCCGCCGUUACCAGAAAUCUACGGAACUGCUGAUCCGCAAACUGCCCUUCCAACGCCUGGUCCGGGAGAUCGCCCAGGACUUCAAAACCGACCUCCGCUUCCAGAGCGCCGCCAUCGGGGCGCUGCAGGAAGCCAGCGAAGCCUACCUGGUGGGCCUCUUCGAGGACACCAACCUCUGCGCCAUCCACGCCAAGAGGGUGACCAUCAUGCCCAAGGACAUCCAGCUGGCGCGGCGCAUCCGCGGCGAACGGGCUUAGGGCGGCCGGCCGGCCGGGGCGGUAGGAGAGAUUUAGGGUGGGAUGGAGA